AGAUAGGGAUGACAAAAGGACCAUGGCAUUUCUGUUAAAAAAUAAAGGGAACAAAAAAGAGGAAGAUAAUAUCCUUUUGGGCUCCAAUUUCACUGUUCUUAAUUUUAUCAUUUUUUGGGAAGCGGGGGGACCAAAUGAAUUACAUGGACAAGUGUGUGCUCACUUGAUGUUGACUUACCCAUGGAUUGCAACAACACUCUAAAUUCUGCACCAUGUUGUUUGUUCUGUGCUCUUUAAGCUUAUGAUGAUUGUUUAUUCAUAGUAGAAAGAGUCAGAUGGUGUAACUGAGCUGGAUCUUGGACUCUCUGCUGUUUUCUUCUCCUAACCUAACUCUUAAAGUCCUUGGUUCACAAUUUAGAACCUCAUCCAUUCGAGGGCUUUCUCAUCAUUUCUGGCAUAACCCUUAACCUUUUGCCUCUAUGUAUUUUGUUCUUAUUUGCCUUUGCUUUUUGGUUAUAGUGCAUAACAUCUCCUUUAGGUUUUGUUUGGUCAAUUUCCUUAAUUUUUUGUUUGCUGUAUGCUCAUUUAUUGUGUUAUGUUCUUAUGUCAAAUUUAUGCAAUUCCUGUGGCACAGCAUCUCAAAACAGUGACAGAGGAUAAACUAUGCAUGCUCAGCCUGCUUUAUCCAUUCAGUAACCUGGCGGUGUCUGGAGCACUAUUGUCAUCCUUGUUGGGCAUCCAACAUCUCUGGAAGGGACGUAUCCAAAACUGCCUGAUUCUCAACAAGUUUCCAUGGAAAGAGAACAAAUGACCAGGCCUCUAGUCCAUGCAGCUUGUGCACCCUCCACUGGUGGAGUAGUUGGUCACAUUUUUUCAUUACCUUCAGGUUCAGGGGUUUCAACUGAUCCUCAUAACCCAUCUUUAUCAUCCCCAGAAAAGAAUUCAAGUAGUACUCCUUUUGUGUCUCAGUCAUCAACUAAUGCUAUGGCUUCAACAUUACCAGAAUCUCCUAAGUCAGGGUUUGCACAAUCCACAACAUCAGUUUAUUUCUCCAGAGAAAAUGGUGGCUCCUGGUGUGCGGAGUCCCUGCCAGGUUUUCUUGAUUUUCCUGCAAGCAGCUCUGUCCAAAGUAGUCAAUUAGAAAGCAAUAGUUGUAGCAUCAUGACAUCUGAGGACUUCAGUAAACAAAAUAAUUGGCAUGAUUGGGCAGACCAGCUAAUCAUUGAUGGUGAGGUUUUGAGCAGCAAUUGGAAUGAGCUUCUUGUUGACACUGAUGUUGCAGAUCUGGAACCAAAGGCUUGCACAAGCAUACCAGCACAGCAACCUCAAAUUCAUCAGCAGCUUGCACCAUCUGGAGAAAGCCGAAGUGUUCUCACCACCACUUCUUCAGGAAAUAAUGCCCCUGCCAAGCCGCGGAUGCGAUGGACGCCGGAACUGCAUGAAGCUUUUGUGAAGGCUGUCGACCAACUUGGUGGUAGUGAAAGAGCUACACCCAAGGGUGUGUUGAAGCUGAUGAAAGUUGAAGGCUUGACUAUUUAUCAUGUAAAAAGCCACUUGCAGAAAUAUAGGACAGCAAGAUACAGACCUGAAUCAUCUGAAGGUGUACAAGUGUCUUCCAUUUCAUACUUCAUUCUGUUUUGCCCUAAUUUUGCUUCUGUUGAAUCAAGCAUGUAUCUGGUGCCUCUCUUUGUGCUUUAGUGAACUAAUUAAGCAUUAAAAGGGAAGUUUAUUUUGGUGUUUGGAUGCCAACGUGAUGAUGUCUUAAAUCAUACCAUUGACACUGUGCUCCCACAUGCUUUAUUUGGCCUAUUAUUAAACUUUGGAUGAUUCCUCAUUGUUAAAGUAGGGAUUGCUUUUUUAUCUUUUCUAUCAUUUUGUGAUUUUAUUAAUUUAUUUCUAACCUAUCAUCUGAUUUAUGUUUAGUUACAGUGUGGAUAUAAGAAUUAUUCCCAGAAUCUACUGGUUUUAAGUGGAAGUUUUAGACAGAUGUCUAAGAAGUAGGAGCCAUGCCAAGCUUAGCAUACUAUUUAAUGUACUCAUUGCUAUUGUUAUGCUUCUUGGACUUUAUCCAUUCUGUGAUCUGUAUUUCCUUGGAGACUCCACCCUGUGUUUAUUCACUCAAAACCUAUGUUUAUGCUGUGAAACUGGUUAUCUUCUAUAGUUAGCCUAUCUUUUGACAAGUUCAAUUGCAAUUUUUUUGGGACAGUGGAUAAAUGUGUUGUAUUAAUCCAAAUCCCAUGUGGGAUGCUUACAAUCCCAAGUUCAAUUGCAUUUUUAUUGGACCGUAAAAAAUACAAGUGACUUAUUUUUGGUAAAUCUGGAUGAAAUGAUGAUUGUACCAUAUUUCUUGCAGGAUCAUCUGAAAAGAAAUUGACUCCUCUUGAGGACAUAUCAUCUCUGGACUUGAAAACGUAAGUGAUCAUUAGUAAUGUAUCUAAGAUUUCUAUUUGUACCAUAUGAUAUAUUCAUUGUUUCUUGGACCUUGUUUUUCUGAAUAAGUAGGAUGCUCCUAUGCUGAGUGCAGUCAUCAAGUUUAAGAAAGAUGGUUAAUGCAA